AUGCGACAUUCCGCCCUGUGUGUCCAGAAGCUGCGCGUAUCGCAACGCUCGCGAGCUUGUCUGUUCGCCAACGGUCACGGGAGGAUGGUCCCUGCAACCCGAGUACCAACGAAAGUCGUAACAACAAACUCGUGGCCUGAUUCCAACUGGAAGCAAGUGCAGUCUUUGUUUCGAGGAUUAUGGUCCGAGACGGUGCGACCGCAGCAGUGCGCUGAUGAUCUCUAUCUUUCCGAGCGGCGACGACGACUCGAAGUCUUUGCACGGCGGUCUCGCAGCUGCCUCAAGGCGUGUUGUAACAGCAUGCGGCGCUUUGUUCGUGCCGCUGUGUCUUCGCCGCGCCAAAUGAUUGCGAGCUCGCGCUGGAAACAUAAGCUGCAUGAAUUUGACGUCAUUCUAAGGUACUUGGGAAAGUUGCUUUCCCAUGUAGACGCCCGUACUCGUCAGUUUUGGAUCAAGUUAUUUGUAGUGCAGAUGGAAGAAGAAAUUCUGGAGACGACUGCGAACAUAGAAAGCAUUGUAUCACUUGCACCAUGUCGAGCGGUGUGCUACGAAUGGCUUCUACGCGUCGGUGCAUGGCGCGAAUUUCGCACUUCGCUGCUGCGCCAUCAAGAAGGGCCAAUCGACGCUAUAUGCUCAUACAAGAAGGCGGUUUCGCUGGUUCCAGGCGACGGAAGAGCCUAUUUCGCUAUUGGAUGCGCGUUGCGUUUGGUGAGGCACGCUUUGCCGAGUGCUCCAGGCGCUCACGCAGCUGCAUCGUCUUCACUGACUACCGGAAAGCUGCCUGGCACCGAGGAACUGGUCUGGCUCGCUCGAGGAUACUGGUAUAUACGCGCAUGCCUCGCGAGCACUCGCCAGCAUUCAGACGCUCGAAAGCGCUUAGUUGGCCUUGUUCGCAGAUCUUCGACCCUGGCAUCUAUUUUGCUCCCACAGAGUAGAUGCUCCGAGAAUCGUAGCGGUAUGGGCGAGCUCAAUUCGUACAGAGAUUCUGCUGACGCUUCCACAUGUCUAGGCAGUGCUACAGGAGCGGCUGCGCGUGGCGCAUUGCUCGCGCGCCCGGCAGCGCACCUCCUAGAUGCACACUGCAGUCUCUUGACGAACGCUUUUGAUCAGAUUUGCGCCUGGUUCGAGGAAACAGCAAACGAACUGACAGCUGAUAACCACGAUUGUCCGGCGGUGCACCUUAUCACGGCGGUGGUGUUUAGCCACGCUGAUGCCGGAGCUGUGGGACCAAUAUGGCGACUGCUCCGCACGUGUUGUUUGAGCCAGUUACAGGCCGGUGCAGGGAUUCUUGCUGAUUACGUCACAGCGCAUCGAGAUAUUGUUGAGCAGGCCCCGCCGGGCGCUGUCGUUUUUCUGCAGGCUUGUAGGGAUCGUUACCUUGCGCACGGUUCCGCGAACGAUGCCGUAGCACAAAAUGGAGCGCUCACGCUCCUCAGCCCGGCAGUGGUUGCUGCGGUGGAUGACUUUUGCGACACGCUCGAGCUCUGCAACGACCGGUUUUUGCCUGCACCUAUCUCCCCAGAUAUUUCCACGAGUUCGAAAACAAGGUAUUUGCGAGCUGCACUGCCCGAAGAGCGCGUAUUCGGGGGCUUCACUCCAAUAUCGCAGGUAUACGCGAAUAUAGUUGACUUUUCACAUGAUCGCUCUUUUGCUGAGGAUGCGACACGAGUGCUGGGUCACCUGCACCUGUCGACAUCUGCCAUGCAUGCAGGCUAUGCGUGCGCGAUGCGCUUGAGGAAACUUGAACAUUUGGUCACAAAGCUCCGACGUCAAGCACCCCGGCAGCCGCUGGCAUCGACGGGUGCACUGCACACUGGGUGA